UUGGGUGUUUAUAAUUUUCAUGUUUUGUUUUUUCCGGAUGAAAUUCUUGAUGAAAAAGAAUGGAAAUAUUAAAUCAACCAAUUCGACAAUCAUCAAAUCUAAUUCUAUUCCGUCAUGAUGGUAAAACAUAUGAAAAAUUUAAAAUUCUAGGCCAAGGAUCAUUUGGACAUGUUUUUCUUUGCCGUAAACAUUGUGAAAAUGAAUGUCAAUAUGUUGCAUUAAAAAUACUUGAUGUUGAUCAAUUUGAAGCAAAACAAAUUGAUUCAACUAUAAAUGAAAUUCGUAUAUUAUCGAUAUUGAAUCAUAAAAAUAUUAUUAAAUAUUAUGGUAGUUUUGUUUGGCGUGAUAAAUUCUAUAUUGAAAUGGAAUAUGCUGAUGCAGGAACAUUAAAUUCAUUUCUAAAUUCAUUAAAUUGUUCAUUACGUGAAUUUGAAAUUCUAGCAUUAUUUUUACAGAUUGUAACCGCUGUACAAUAUCUACAUCAUAAUAAUGUUAUUCAUCGUGAUAUAAAAACGAAAAAUAUUUUCCUUAAUAAACAAGGUUUUAUUAAACUUGGUGAUUUUGGUAUAUCGAAAAUAUUGGAUAAAAAUAAAGAUGCUAGGUCGUUUGUCGGUACACCACUUUAUCUUUGUCCAGAGAUUCGUUCGGGAAAAGCCUACAAUAAACCGGCAGAUAUUUGGUCAUUAGGAUGUGUACUAUUUGAAAUGACAUUUACAUCCGUAAAUAACCGUAUACCAUUCGACGAUGAUGAUGAUGAUAAUAAUGAUGAUGGUGUGAUUGCUCGAUUAAUGUCAAAAAUUAUCAAAGGCCAACAACAUCAUCUAUCGCUGAAUGGACAAUAUUCAAAAACGCUUGAAAAAUUUAUCAAUAAUUUAUUGGAACAUAAUCCACGUAAACGACCAACAGCUGAAUAUCUGGUUCAAAAAGUUACAUUAAUGAUGAAUGAAAUGUCGGCAAAAAAUCUUAAUAAUCUAAGUUGUUAUUCAAUGCCAAAUAUUCGAAUGGAUCAACAAUCAAAUCUAUCAACAUAUUUACAUCAAAAUAAUCGAAAUUCAUUUCGGCAGAAUUUCAUCAAUUAUUGUUCAUAUGUUUGUCGAUUAGAUCUUUCACAAUUAGAUUUGAAUGUUGAAUUAAUGAAAAUUACUUGUUCACAUUGUUCAUCAAUACGACAAUUAGUUAAAAGUGAUAAUCAUUUUUUGGCUUUAUCGAAUGAUAAUAAAGUUUAUUCAUGGGGUGAUGGUCAGAAUGGUGAACUUGGCCAAGGUCAUGAUAUAAUAUCGUUGAAGAAUGCAAAACAAAUAAAAUUAUUGAAUAGUUAUUCGAUUCAGAAAAUUGGUUGUGGACAAGGAUUCAGUGUUUUUGUUGAUCGUAAUGGUCUGGUUCUUACAUGUGGAAAUUAUCGUAGCCAAUGUUUAGGUAGUGAUGACCAAACCAAUAGAUUUCGACCAACCAUUGUAAAUGAAUUAUUACAAAUCAAUAUUGUUGAUGUUGAUUGUAGUGAUGAUCAUGUUGUUGUUGUUAGUACGGAUGGUCAUGUUUAUGGUUGGGGUUCGAAUCAAAAUGGAAAACUUGGUAUUAAUAGUGAAAAACAAACGGUUAUUUUUCCUACUUGCAUACGAUUAGAUUGUCGAGUUAAAACAGUUGUUUGUGGUAAAAAUGCAACAGCAUUUAUUGAUCAAUACGGAUCAAUUUGGCUUUGUGGUGAUAAUCAAUUUAAUCAAUUGGCGCUAAAUGAUUUAGAUUUUGGUCAUUGUUUUCGGAAAAAACCGAUAAAAAUGGCAACAAAACCAAUUCGAUGUCAAGCUAUUAAAGGCCGAAUUAAAGAUGUUUGUUUGGGUGAAAAACAUUCAUUUUUCAUUCUACAUGAUGAUACUAUUAUUGCUGCUGGUGAUAAUUCUGAUGGACAGCUAGGUCUUCAUCACCGGAAUCGAAUCAUAAAACCAAUUCGAGUUUCGCCAUUAAAACCAAAACAACAAUUCAAAUCAAUCAAAGUUGGAUCAUGUUUUACAGCAAUUCUUACUGAUGAUUCAUUAUAUUUUAUUGGUGCUCGUACUAUUCUACAAUCAUCAUCAUCAUCAUCAUCAUCACCGGAAUUACAAUCAACAAUUUUAAAUUUAUCUGAAAAUAAUAAUAAUAAUUUUAUUAUUGCCAAUUCGAAUCAAUCCGUAAUGGACGUAUUAAAAAUUUAUGGCCCAGAUUAUUCGAUAAUUAAAAUAUCCAAACCGAAAAUAAUUGUUCGUACAAUUAAUGAUCUAUUACGAAUCGAUUGUAAUCAUCAUAUUGUUUUAUUUGCACAAUCCAUACUAAAUGUUUAUCAAACAAAAACAUUACCUGAACAUUCAAUACGAUUGAAUGAUAUUUAUUGUCAUAAUGAUGUCCUAUAUGUUUUGAUUGAUUCGAUACAAACACAAGAUACACCACCAAUGGUUUCCGAUGAAUUAUUCAUUCAACAACAACAACAACAACAAUCAUCCUGUUUACAGCCAUCACAACUUUCAAAUUAUUUUUUAUUUAUGAAAAAUGAUUAUGAAAGUGAAUUGGAUUAUGCCUGGCUUGAUGAUUUAGGAAAGUAGCUUAGCUUAGCUGUGCUUAGCAGCCAGCAAUUUGCAUAAUACAAGAACCAACUUGUAAUAAUUGUAAAAAUUCAUCACCACCAUCCAAUAAACGUUUAUC